UUAAAAUGUGGCCACCCACUGCAUCUCCUCAAAGCCUUCAGCUGCUCUCUGCUCAGUCUGUUUUUACUCUCCUGAGACUCCUCUUCUGCACUCUCACAACUCAGUUCUUCGCUGUGUCUGCUGUGGGGUUUGGCUGCUAAUCUUCGGAGCUUGGCAGCCCUUGGUCCCCAUCCACUUUCAUUGCAAGGAAGAGAGCGGCUCAGACAACCUGCUAAACAUCUCCUUUUGUGUUCCAUUGAAGAAAUUAAGUAAUGAGGCUUCAUUUACUAAAUGACGCAGACCACUCCAAGCAGGCAAAACACUUCAAUAAACGUUCAGUUUUGUGUUUACCAGUGAGGAUAAGGUGGGAUCAGUCAUAAGGGAACUGCCGAACAUGUGUGAGGAGGAGUGUGUGGCCCAUGUUGCUCUAGGAGUGUGUGUGUGUGUAUGUGUGAGUGUGUGUGUGAGAGUGUGUGAGUGCGUGCGUGUGUGUGUGUGUGUGUGUGUGUGUGUGUGUGUGAGAUGCUGGCCUGUCUGCCAGGGCCAGGUGAUCUCUCACUUCAACUCCACCCCCACUCGCAGAUGAACACUGGACUUCAGAAAUGGGACACUACACAAAGGAUGAGAUCUGCUCAGUAUCCAACCCCUGCAGAAUUGGAUGCUUAUGCUAAAAAGGUUGCCAACAAUCCUCUCACCAUCAAGAUCUUCCCCAACAGCGUAAAGGUCCCUCAGAGAAACCACGUUCGUCGAACUGUCAACGGACUGGACACCACUGGCCCUCGAUACAGUCCCUACCCCUCCUCUCAGGCCACCACCAAGACCGGUCUUCUUGCCAUCGUAAAAGUGCCCCUUGUCAAGGGUGUCCUCAAAGACUUUGACGGCACACGGGCACGACUACACCAGGAGGUGAUCAUGAAUUCCACUGGCGGUCCUUAUGCACCCACCUCAGCCAGCACUUUAAACUUGCACCACCCACGGCAGGGUCCUCUCGGAGCAUCGCAGAACCCACAGGGGCUUCCUCCACACCCUCAGAAUCUCCAGACUUUGCAGCCACCUGGGCCUCCACACCAAGGACUCAGACACCCACCCUCCUCCUCAAUGCCACAGCAACCCCAGGGCCUUCCAAGGUCCCAGACUCUUUCCUAUGGCGCUUCUUUAGGCCACCCUAGCUCCCACCCCCCUUCAGCCAUCCUGCUUCCUCAGCAGCACCUACAGAACCCACCACUAGACCUUCAGGUGGGUACUAGGAAACUGCCAAUUGCAGACGCCCCUCCUAAUGUGACUGUUUCUACCUCAACCAUUCCAUUGUCCAUGGCCGGAGACCUCCAUCAGGGCCGUCAGGCUGAUAUAAACAGCAUAGUGCACCAGAUCAGCCAGUUCUGCCAAGCUAGGGCUCAGGGUGUUAGUGCUACAUCAAUGUGUGAAGGGCAGAUCGCUAACCCCAGUCCCAUUAGCCGAAGUCUACUCAUCAAUGCUAGUUCACGAGUCUUGGUGCAUGGGGGCAACCCAAGUGCACCCCCUACCAGUCUCAUGCACUCAUCCUGUGCUAUUGGACAUCCGGAUAAUGUGGCUGCUUCUGCACCGGUAAGUGCAAUGCCACCGCAUAACAUGGCCACAAUGAACCGCAUGUAUCACAAUGAUAUGAAGCAACAGCAUCUACAACAUCAAAGUCAUCAACAGCAGCGAAAUCCCCAACAGCCACAGAUGAGGUCAUGGAAUCAGCAUCAGCUAGCUCACCUUCAGCACAUAUCUGAAAGGGGCGGACACCCCUGCAAAGCCCCACUUCGGGACCCUUGCCUCCCCUGUAAGGGCAUUAACAAUCCCCCAGAGAUGAGCAUGGGGCAGCCUUAUGCCAUGAAGCCCUCUAGCCCCUCCCCUCCACUUGCCAACAACAACAAUGCAGUGCCCCCAGGUGCUGUGACGCACUACACCAAUGGGCAGUACUACCACCAGCCACCAGUUUGGAGUAGUAUCCUUCCCACACCCAACAGCGACAGUUCCAGCUCACAGGACCUCCCAGUGCCCUUCCACGGCACUGCAGGCACUGGCACGGGCAAUACCAACCCCACCCCAGGGAUGGACUGCGCCCCCACAGGAGGAGCGGCCCAUUACCGAUUAGUAGGGGGAGCCUUAAUAGGGCAGACUAAUCUGAUGCAAAUGGCAGAUUGCAUGGGAGGGGACUUCCAGACGCCCUGCUUCCGAGAUCAGAAUCUCAUCCUGAUGGGGAAGAUGCACAGGCCACCCCCUAUGGGCCGGGUAGUGGUCCCCCCCUCUGAAACGCAAGGCCAGCACCCAGGAAAACACUAACUGAUUCCCGAAGAUGAGGUGCACCUAAUCUACUGCAGAAUCUCAGGAGUUCAGAAUCUCAGAAGACAACGGCCCUUAAAGGAAUAGUGAAAAUUCUGUCAUCAUUUACUCAUAUCCUUCUGUGGAACAAAAACAAUUGAGACUUUAAAGAUUGUUGCAAUAGCAGUUUAUAGUGACUUUCUUUAAAGCUUAAAAGUGUAAAUACUAAUAGUUAUUAAAAUUGUAAAACCAAAAACGUUUGUACUUUUUUUUCUUUUUUUUUUUCGUGAAUUUCUCCCCUUUUCUCCCCAAUUUGGAAUGCCCAAUUCCCAAUGUGCUUUAAGUCCUCGUGGUGGCAUAUAGUGACUCGAAUCUCAGUUGCCUGCCUGAGACCGUCACUCCGCACAUUUUAUCACGUGGCUUGUUGAACGCAUUACCGCGGCGUGUGUGGAGACUUCACGCUAUUCUCCGCAGCAUCACCGCACAACUCCCCACAUGCCCCACUGAGAGCGAGAACCACAUUAUAGCGACCACCAGGAGGUUACCCCAUGUGACUCUACCCUCCCUAGCAACCGGGCCAAUUUGGUUGCUUAGGAGUCCUGGCUGGAGUCACUCAGCAUGCCCUGGAUUCGAACUCACGACUCCAGGGGUGGUAGUCGGCGUCUUUACUCGCUGAACUACCCAGGCCCCCAAAGUCUUUACUAUUCUUACUAGUUUUAAUUAAUUUACCCUUACUGUCUAAACCCUAAAGUUGUCAUUAAUAAAAUUAUUUAAGUGGUCCUAAUCAAACAGUAAUUGAAAUGUCAUAUUUUGGAAUCAUAACUCAAAUAUAUACAUUCUUUAAACUUUGGCUCCAAGUACAGCGAACUCAAAAUUAUCAAGUACAAAAUUGCAGCUGUAUGGAAUACCCAUAAGCCCUUGCGCUUCAAUAAAUGAUGUAUGUUUUGGUCAAAACAAAGGAAAUCAUGUUGAAAACUAAUAACUGUUAUUUAAAAAUGUAUAUGGUUUUAAUUCUUAUGACUAUUGUUCUUGUUUUUUUGUAGAUGGUUGAUAGUUGUGAUUUGUGUGAAGUCACCAUGAGGGUGAUCAGUGUUACCUCUGGUGAACUUGGAGCUUGUUAAGUUGAAGCCAUUCUUCUUUACUCAGUUGUGCUUUACAAACGUGCAGAUUUAUGUGUAUUAAGAAGUACUGAGGAGAAUCUAAUGUGCCAUAUGGCUAACUGAGAUUCCAGUCAUAAUUUCCCUUAUACCGUAUAAGAUGUGCUGUAACUCAAUUUAAAUAAUUAAAUAAAAACAAUGAUACUUUAAACACAGAUUGUUAAGUUUACUUAUAACUCAUUUAUGUGAUUUUAAAAAAUUAAGUUCCAUUUACUUCAUCCAAAUAAGUAUAUUUAAACAAACCAAUUGCCUUAAAAAAAUCUAAGAAAGGGCAACUAAUUAGAUUUUACAGUAUGCAACUCAUAGUUCAAGUCUUCUGAAGGCAUAUAAUCACUUUGUACAAUGAACAGACUAAAAUUUGGGAAAAGAAUGUCAUUAUUCACUCUCAAAUCAAAUCAGUCAUUGUAAACUGAAAACAGAGCAGAAUUCCAAUAUGGCAUCAAUAACAUCAAACCCCAUUGGUUCUUGUGUCAUGACGUUUGGUCAAAAGGCACGCAAGAACCAAUGAGGCCUUCAGAAUAUUUGGAAUAUGACGAACGAGUCGCACUUACUACUUCAAGCUUUAAUGUAAGCCACUAACAACUGCUAUUGAUUGAUUUAUUUUUUAUCUGUAUCCUUUUUGUGUUCAACAGAAAAAAAAAAUUAAUCUCAUGGGUUUGGAACUAUAUGAGGGUGAGUAAAUAAUAACAGAAUUUUCAUUUUGUUAUUAUUUACAAUUAUAUAAAAAUAAUUUUCAAUUAUUAUUUGUUCUCAAAUAUUUAGCUUACAGAAAAUAGAUUUCUUAUGGUUUUAAUUUAAAUAAGAGAUUUAUUCCAUUUGUUACUUUUUUCUCUUUUUUUUUUUUUAAGAUUUGAGGGUUAGUCUCCUCUGGUCUGUAAACACAGACUGAACAUUUUAGUCAGUGUUCUAUUUGUGGGCGAAGUUAAACAUUA